AGGUUACCUGUUUCCGGUGAUUACUUCCGGUAAAUCAGUUCGACACUAAGAGUGACUUUGGAAAAUUUGAUUCUUGUUCUUGCACUCUUUUAGCCAUUGACUUGGCACCAUGAGCAUUUCAAGUAAUGGAGGAGAUCCUGUCAUUCUAGCGACAGCUGGUUAUGACCAUACUAUUCGAUUCUGGCAGGCAUACAGUGGCAUUUGUAACCGCACUGUGCAACACCCAGAUUCACAAGUAAAUGCAUUGGAAAUUACACCAGACAAGCAACUGAUUGCAGCUGCAGGGUACCAGCAUAUUCGGAUGUAUGACCUCAACUCUACCAACCCCAGUGCUGUAAUAAACUAUGAUGGAAUAUCCAAGAAUGUGUCAACAGUUGGUUUUCAUGAAGAAGGGAAAUGGAUGUACACAGGGGGUGAGGAUUGCACUGCCAGGAUUUGGGAUCUCAGAUCAAGGAAUCUACAGUGCCAGAGAAUAUUCCAAGUAAAUGCUCCUGUGAACUGUGUUUGUCUCCAUCCGAAUCAGGGAGAGUUAUUUGUAGGUGAUCAAGCAGGCUCUAUUCACAUCUGGGACUUGAAGACAGACAAUAAUGAACACUUUAUCCCUGAGCCAGAUGCAGCAAUACAGUCAAUAAGUAUUGACCCAAUGGGAACGAUGAUGGCUGCUGUGAAUAACAAGGGCAACUGUUACAUCUGGACACUGACGGGAGGCAAGAGAGAGGAACCAACACAGCUUCAUCCAAAAACAAAGUUCUUGGCUCACAACAGAUAUGUCCUCAAGUGCUUGUUUAGUCCUGAUUCAACAUUGUUGGCUACAACAUCGGCAGACCAAAAGUGUAGGAUAUGGCGAACAGCAGACCUGACCCAGCUGACGGAGCUGAAGGACAGUCAGCAGAGAUGGGUGUGGGACUGCGCCUUCAGUGGAGAUUCACAAUACAUUAUCACAGCCUCCUCUGACCAGAUGGCCCGACUGUGGAGUGUUGAUUCAGGGGAGGUGAAGAGGGAGUACAGCGGACAUCAGAAGAGUGUGGUGUGUCUUGCAUUCCGGGAUGAGGUGGUCACAUGACCUGUCACUCAUGCUUUAGAACUGUGAUACCUGUGUGAAUGGACGGUGUGAAAUGUGGUACAAGUGAUGGCCAAGUUGGUGCAAAGAGACAGACAUCCAGUCAGUUACCUGCCCCGAGUGUGAGACAUGAUAUAGUCUGGGAGCAAUAGUGAGAAUGUUUACAUUUAUUAUGGAGACUGUUGUUGAUGAAUAUUUGAAGCAGGGAAUGUUGCCUUCCUGCUGCUGAACUGUGUGUUGUGAUCAUGUGGAAGCCAUACAACGCCUCAGGAAGGAUUCUUACUUACACUUUAGAUUAAUCUGAGAAUCUUGGUAUCAUUUCUUAACAUGUUAAACAUUAAUGAAAUAUGUUCCAAAUCAGAUAAAUUAGUAUCAACCUGUUGGCAUUACUGAAGAUAUAUAUCUAACAUUGGAUAUUUACUCCUCUGAACAAAAGAUGACUUGACAAAUUAUGAAACUUUUAAUCCUUAAUCAGCUGAUAGCUACAGGUUGUGUAACUGUGUGUCAUACCAACGGUUGGUUCUGUUUCAUUUCAAAGCGUUGGCAUGUUGGGUAUGAAGUAUCCAGCAAGCCCCACUUCUGAGUGACAUAACACAGCUCUAUUGAGGACUUUGGAUUUUAGCCUGAUUUGGUUUUACUGAGACAUUUCCUUUUGAUUUUAUGAUCAGGGUUUCACGAUGCUACUGUAAAUGAUAUCAAUGAAUACACUUUUAUCAAUCUCCUGUUGACAUUUUGAAUGCUUGUUCUGUUAUUACAUACCAUGAUGUGUGCUUUAUGUAGAGAUAUCAUGUACAUCAUACUCACUCACUCAUAGUGGUAGCUCCUGUACUCGGCAGCACUGUUGCUCACGUCAAGUGGGCAUGACUGACUGUUGGCUUCUUGGAUGGAACAUUCCAUGUGGAUGUUUUUAUGGUGUCAAGCACCAGUAACAGUAGUUUUGUAUUGUUGAAUCUGUGUUAUUGGCACUGGUAGCUACAGGAGAUGGAGGGGGGCAGGUGGGGAUUUUACAAAUAUGCCAUAAAAAAGGGUCCCAGCUUCCAAUUGUGGCACAAAGUUCAUUGUUAUGGGCUUGGCUGGGAUUACCAGUAUUGUUAUUUUUUUAUAAUUAUUUUUUUCUUUGAAAAGAGGAGCCGAACCAAUUUCUUUGCCACACCACAUUUAUCCUGGACAUCUGGCAUCUCCAGCAAGCAACUUUUAUUUGGGGGGUAAAACCUGAAGACAAAUUCUGUUUUUUAAAAAGCCUCUCAGUCAUGCAGGCCAUAGAAGUUUAUCAUGUUUACCACUUUGUAAAAUUCACAGGCAUGUUCCGGUAAUAGGGAUGAAUAUGUGAUUCAGAACGACCAUUACCUUAUCCUGACACUGCUAAGGCAUGCAACUCUGCACAACAUUAUUAUUACACAGCAUAAUGUUCAAGAUAGCGUUUAGCUUCCUUAUGUAACAAUGUUGACAGAAGCAAAUAUCAGCUACAGCUGAUUGCAAUUGGUACAUACUAGCUUCAACAUCCAGGUACCCAGUACUCACUACUCAAAAUUCAGAAUAGAUGUUAUUUAUAAAAAACAUUUAUUCACUCAAAAUAUUCUGUGAUUUCCUUGUAGCUUGUAUAGAGAUUUAUCUAGGAUUACAAGCUAAGCAGGAAACUUUGGAAAAAAAACUUCGUUUAACUUGAAAUUGGAAAUUUUUGUAGUUUUAACUUCAACAUACAUUCAAUGUAAUAAUAUAAAUCAAAGAAAGACCCUUGCACUGUAUUGUCAUGUUAUCAGUGAAAGGACACCACAGACUCGUGAAGAUCCGGGGUAGAAUAGGUCUUCAGCAACCCACGUUUGCUGUAAAAAGCGACUCUGCUUGUGGUAAUAGGCAACUAACGGGAUCGGGUGGUCAGGCUCGCUGACUUGAUUGAUG